ACUAGCUAACCAGAAAUUAUCACCAGCACUGCCUGAUAGAGUUCUGUCUCACAACUUGAAAAGUAUAGUGAUAUCUAAUAUGUAGUCAGAUUAAAUCACUUCUACCCAGGAUCUGAGCCUCUUUUUCUGGGACAUGGAGUUAGAAAAGCACGAAAAAGAAAUCUCAGCAAAACACACCUUAAAGGAGAAGCUGACGCUGCAUCCUACACAUCAUGGACAGCAAUUUGGAAAAAGAGACAUACAAGUCACCAGUCCACUGAGUUUCCUUAGCACAGAAUGGGUCCCCUCUGAAGAAUCCGGAACCAGACCUUUGACCUUCACAUUUGUUCCAUCUAUCGGACGACUUCCAACUCACUUUCAGGUUGUAGAUGUCUGUAAACUCCUGGUCAGAACUUCAGAGGAGCCAAACAAUGAAAGCAGUCAAGAAAUUAUAAAUAGGUCUACUGUAGUCUCUGAUGACCUGACCUUAAAAAGUGGAAUCAGGCAAGACAGUGAAUCCACCUAUCACGCAGGCACCAGCCAAAAGAUUUUCCGGCCAAAAGGGUGUAAGACGAGCAAAGGAGAAAUGCAAGAGAGUGACCUUUUCAAGGCUGAGUUUGUCUUUAUUACGGACUCUGAUGAAGGAGAUGAAGAGACCAUUUCCAGAAACAAUGUUCAACAGCCUUCUGUAGGUCAUGGCACUGGGCAUGCGAGAUGCCAGUUAUUGGCUACCUCCCACAUUUCUUCUGGUGGUGAGUCAAGCAAACCUCAUGGUGACCUGAAUGUUCCUGAGACACAAUGUGCUGUGCUGUCGCACAGUGCUACCCGUUCCCCAAAACAACACCAGUUAACUUCUCCUUCUACUUUUGAUCAUCUUUCUCAUAAACCACCUGCUGCCUGCUUAAUUUCUCCAACUAAACUGAAAGUAAAAUGUGACAUUGUUAAUCCGAAACAAGUCUCUUCUCUGGAAGAAUCCUAUAACAAGUGGCAGUCUGCAGCUAGGUCUUCUAAACAAGAUUCAUCUACGUGUUUUCAGGCUACUGCUCACAGUUCACCUCUUUACAUGCCCCAGAGAUCACCAUCUGUAUUAAACAGCCCUUCUUCCAGUACUCAAUUCUCCAAUAACCUUCAAAUGCCAAAUAUUGCUAUGCCUAACUAUGUUUACAAAAUGUCUGAAUUCACAGCAUCAUCCGUUCCAAGCAAGAGUCCAACUCUAGUUUCAUAUUUUCCCAAUUCAGCAGGAACGCCAGGUUCUCCAGAUCAGCCCGUAUCUCCCUGUUCUUCUAAGAGAUUGAACACAUUUUUUGCCACCCCUGUCCAUAUCACAGCACAUUCAUUAUCACCUAGUCCUAAACCACUGUCCUCCCCAUUUUAUGGCUCCUCCUCAACCAUAUGUAGUGUAAAUGAGCCUGGUAGCAGGAUGUCCUCUAGUGGAAAUCUGAUGAAGUCUGGAAUUAGAUCCCUUCUGCCAACCAGACUCUCUCUUUUAACUGCUAUUCUGAAGUCAGGCCGGUCUCAGCAAAGACCACUCUCCUCUGCAUCCUGUCCCCCUACCUUUUCUCCUAAUUCCCUUUGCUCCUCAACACUCACAAUAGAUCAGAAGUUUAAAACAAGUCCCCCUACCCCUAAGAAAUCUGCCUCAAGCUUUUCUAUUAGGUCAAACUCUCCAAGCCAAGAGGUACAUUGGACUUCACUAUUUUCUCACUCGCCCACUCACUUGCCUUUGUCCUCAAAGCCCGUUUCUACUCCUCGGGCUAGAUCCCUUUCCCCUAAAAAGCACCUUCAUGCCAGAACACUUUCUCCUGACUCAUUAUAUCCUCUGUCAUCCACCAUUUCUUCCUAUAGGAAAACAGUUGUAUCCCCCCUAUUACAACCUAAAUCAUCUUCAAUGCCGCCCCCUGUCCCAAGACACUCUUCUUCCCUUAACCCUGCACUUUCUCCUACAAAACUGUUGCCUUACCCUGUCCACAAACCGCAAAGGCCUGAAAAGUCUAGGAGAGUCCACACCUACUCACCCACUUUCACUUGUAAAUCAUACCCUUUGUCCUCUCCUGCCAAUGAAAAAGGCACAUUCUCCCCUAUCCUAGAAAAAUGUUCUUCCUCUUCUCCAAAUCUUUUGCAUCCAACCUAUAAAUCAAAAGCAGGUUCAUCCCAGCUGUCUGCUCAGGAACUGAAUCCUGUUUCCCCUACCCCUUCAAAUGUCUCAACCCAUUGGUCUUCCUCACCUGCUAAUUCUACAUCACCUAUUUGCCCAUCCUAUAAUAUUCAUUCCCACUCACCACAACUUAAUUCCUCCUCACUGCACCCAAAACAUAGUUUAUAUUCCUCAGCUGCAAGACCUACGCAGUUCCCCACUAUAUCAGUAACACCAUGUAGAUCUCCUGUCCCAGGCCAGUCACCUUGUACACCGUUGUCAAGAUCCAGAGAGCUGCGUUCACCAAAGUCUUUUUCCCAGCCUCCUGAUCAUGAAAGCCUGAAACCCAAGCAAUACAAGAUCAAGACAAGCUACAAGGCCUUUGCAGCAAUCCCUACAAACACUUUGCUUAUGGAGCAGAAGGCAUUAGAAGAGCCAAUUAAAACAGAAAAAGUGACUGAAGACACUACUUUGGACACACAUUCGGAGAUGUGCUCCCCUGCCCAGCUCAGGCAACAAACUGAAGAACUCUGUGCUGCCAUCGAUCAAGUCCUACAGGAUCCCUUGCCUAUGCGCCGGUGUGAAUCUUCUCCAUCUUCCCUGCACACAUCAAUGGAUUCAGACGUAGGCAAAAUGUCUGCAACACUGCAGAGAGCAGCUGGACGGGAAACCAGAUAUGCUAAUCUUUAUUUACCAACGCCUUCAGUGACAGAGAGCCAACUGACAAAGCCUGGUGUUAUUCGUCCAGGGCCAGUGAAAACAAAAACCUUAUUAAAAACGGAGGAGCCCUAUCAACCAAACCCUUUCAAAAAAUACCUUGAAGAAACCAGAGAUCCAGAUAUUGAGCAGGACAACGCUCCCCUCCAUCCUCUGUAUCCGACUAAAUUGAUCCCCGCAACUAAGUCCCCAUUACAUCCACAGUCUAUCUGCCAUGCUGACUGUCUAACCCCCGGGCCCUUCAGUCAUUUGUCUUCCAUCUUAUGCGAUGUUCAUGACAGUUCUUAUAGGCCUUACAGUCACAACGCUUUGUAUAAUAAGUGAUAUCAGGGCUGGAUUAAGGCACCAUCACUUUAGGCAUGUGCAUAGGUCUCCAAAUCCAGGAGUCAUGUGAUUACAUCAGAAUUUCAGCUUUCAUUUAAAACCCUCCACCACGUUUCUGGUCCUUGUGACUGUGGGGAAAAAAGGUCAUAUGUGUGACCGGAGUGUAACCAAUGCAGUGAUGCCUGGACAGAGCCUGAAACAGCUCUGAGAGGCGACGUGAGCUUUCCUUGCUUCCUGCUCUGCGGGUCCCCGCCACCCAAGAGAGGACUCUGUGCAUGGCUGGAGAAGAAUAGUGAGCUGGCUCAGCCCACCCAUAUAAGCAGAUGCAAUCCAAUUACUAGACCAAGUAAUGGAGAAUCCCCUACAGUCACCCAGGCCUCUGGGUGGCAGUGGAACAUCUGCUCUAUUGCUUCUGGAAGGGAAAAGGGGGCCCAUUCUGCUGCUCCUCUAGAGAAGGCUGUGGGAGUAGAGUCAUCGGUGGCCGUAUGUCCUGGUGAGCCUAGGACAUUAGAUUGCCUUUAUUCAGUCCGGGCUGACACCCCUUUUUUAAUACAAGAGAGGUAAUCCUCUGCUACGCAAAGUAACUGGUGAAUCAAGAAGCCAAGGGGAGAUGCUACCAGAUCAGCAUUUUGCUGCUGAUCCUUCUUCUGUAAGUGAAAACCCUCCUCCUGUAGAUCCUCCCUUGGGUUCCACUGUGAUUUUACAUCCUCUAAAAUUGUUUCUACUCCUGAUAUAUUAUACAUGAGUCAAUCCACUACUUUCCAGGUCCCAGGUUAAAAGGGGGAUUCCAUUAGUAGUUCUGUCAACAGACUCAUUCUGCUCCUAUUCAUAUGGAGACAAUAUUGGAUUAAAUAUUGGAGGAGAAAACGAUGAAAUAUCAAUUGGAGUGUGCGUGUGUCAGGGGAGAUUUUCGCAGGCACAAACGAGACAUAGGUGGCAAACUCUCACUGACUCUCAAACUCUCAUUUGAAUUUUUGUCCAUGUGAGUUGGGCACUUAACUCCCAUUUGUACCUGUGAAAAUCUCCCUUUCAAUUAAUAUCUUUACUAGUAAAAUCCCAACAUUUGAUUUGGGAUAAUGUUGCUCUUCAAAGACGUGUAGAGAAUUUGAAAAAGGGUUUGCCCCAAUCCUGCAAACCCUUUUCAGACAAACGGCCUUUACACAGAUAUUAUUUAUGUGAGUGAAGGUUGCGGGGUCAACAUAUAAUACAAACCUUCAGACUGUGAAUUUUCUCUGCUUUGAUUAUAGUCACAUGGCAUGUGUGAGACUUCAAUCCUGCAACUUGCUUCACACACCCUGGACCUGACUAGAGCCCCUUCAAAGUCAUUGAGUGUCUGCAUGGACACAGGGAUCUGUCUGGCAUAAUUAAUUGCAGGAUUAACACCUUAGUUUGUAUGGAGACUAUUUAAAGGAAUCUUUAAGUGUUUUUCACACUGCACCACUUUGAUAAUGUAAUGAACUCAGCAGUGUUUACCCACUAGAGCUUAAAUUCUGAUUCACGGCAUCAUAACAGGAAUUGACAUCCUAUUUGCUAACGUCAUCUUUGCUACGAAUGGAAACUGCAUUUCAAGGUUGCCAUGGAAAAGUAUUUCUUUUUUUCCUGACAUCACACAAGUUACUUGUUGUCCUAGGUGAGAGUUUCUCUCUUUUGAACGUUGAUAUUUAAAUGUUGAAUUUUAACUUCUGGACCCUGGUAGGCAUGCAUUUUUAUCAAUAUUAUUUUUUCUAUAAUCCAGCAAAAGUACUUUGGAGGUAACAAAGAAACUAAGUCUAUGUCUAUACUGGCAGAGGUUUUUCACCGAGAGUUUGGUUGCUGAUAAAAAAGCGUUUAAAGAAAAUUGUUGUUGUUUGUUCACAUUGUCUUCCACUGGCGGCAUAGCUUAUUCACACUUGUGGCACUUGCAUCGGCAAUCAGAACAGUGCACUGUGGGUAGCUAUCCCACAGAGCAGCUCUCCCCCUUCUGCCGCCAAGUCUUGUGUGAAGGUGCAGGGGAUUGUGGCGCAUCGUGGGUCCAGGCUCAAUACCCCAUGAUGCACUGCUUUCUGUCCCAGCAUUCCAUGUGCUUUUGUCUUCAGUUCGUGGUAUUUUUCAACAUCCCUUGUUUUCUUCUUGCCUCGCCACAUCUAUCUUCAGGAAUGGAUCCCAUGCUGAUUUCCACUGCUCUGCUAGCUAUCACUAGCAUAUCGUGAAUAGCAGUGGAGUUAAUUUUGAAGUUAUAAAGGCAACCGCAGUCACAGUUGCCUGACGCAGGGUCUGACAUGGAAAGCAGCAACAUUAAAUUGCUUUUGGCAUUCACAAAACAGCUGAAUACAGUGGAACGUCACUUUUGGGCUUGGGAAACUAGCACAGAGUGGUGGGAUCACAUAAUUACGCAGGUCUGGGAUGAUGAGCAGUGGCUACAGAACUUUCAGAUGCAGAAAGCCACCUUCCUGGAACUGUGUGCUGAACUCAUCCCAGCCCUGCAGCGCAAGGACACCCAAAUAAGAGCUACCCUCUUAGUGGAGAAGCAUGUGGCAAUCACAGUGUGGAAGCUGGCGACUCCAGACUGCUACCAGUCGGUUGCGAACCAGUUUGGAGUGGGGAAGUCGACUCUUGGGGCUAUGUUAAUGCAAGUGUGCAAGGCCAUUAAUCACAUCCUGCUGCAAAAGACCAUGACUCUUGGCAGCGUGCGUGAAAUUGUGGAUGGCUUUGCAGAGAUGGAUUUCCCUAACUGCAGUGGAGUGAUAGAUGGCAAGCAUAUUCCAAUCUGGCACUGGAUUACCUUGCAAUGGAGUACAUCAAUCGGAAGGGGUACUUCUCCAUGAUUUUGCAGGCACUUAUGGAUCACCAUGGGCAUUUCACUGACAUCAGUGCAGGGUGGUCCAGAAAAGUGCAUGAUGCCAAUAUUUUUAGGACACUGGCCUGUACAGAAAGCUGCAAGCAGGGACUUUCUUUCCAGACCAGAGGAUCACCAUAGGGGAAGUCAAAAUGCCCAUAGUGAUCCUGGGAGACCCAGUGUACCCCUUAAUGCCAUGGCUCAUGAAGCCAUACAUGGAUGAGCAGUAAGGAGCAGUUCAACAAUUGUGGAUAGCUUUGCAGAAAGGGAUAGCAGUAAGGAGCAGUUCAACAACAGGCUGAGUAGGGGCAGAAUGACCAUUGAAUGUGUGUUUGGCUGAUUAAAGGCACGCUGGCAAUGCCUGUAUGGCAGGUUAGACUUUAAUGCGGAAAAUGUUCCUAUGGUUAUAACCGCGUGUCGUACGCCGCAGAAUAUUUGUGAAGGGAAGGGCGAAAAAUUUACUCAGGGGUAGACUGCCGAGGCAGAACACCUGGCUGCUGAUUUUGCUCUUGGCAGUGGAGGUGGGGUCACCGCCUAGGAUAGUCUCCAACGCCUUAUAAAACCAGCAGGUCUGGGAAGUAACACUGAAGUGAUGGUUUGCCUCCCUUGCCUUGUGGUACGUAUUCCUCAGCUCCUUCACCUUUGUUCUGCACUGCAGCGUGUCCCGCUCAUAUCCCUUGUCAUGCAAGGUACACGUGAUUUGGCUGUAGGUAUAGAAAUUCCUAUGGCUAGAGGGCAGCUGGGACUGCACAGCCUCCUCUUUCCAAACACUCAUCAGAUCCAUUAGCUUCGCAGUGGUCCAAGCAGGAGAUUGUUUGCUGCGUGGAGCCGCCAUGGUCACCUGGAAGGGAGGAUGCAAUAUGAGCUGUUCACACCGAGCAAACAGGAAGGAGAAUUUCAAAAUUCCCAGGGCUUUAAAGGUGGAGGGGUGGAAGGUUGUUUACCUGGCAGCAGGGCAGCAGAGUUGAAACUGCUGAUCAGAGUGGUCAGGAUGGGCAUUGUGGGACGCCUUCCGGAGGCCAAUAACAGUGCUAAAAUCAAGCAUGGGUGUCUACACUAGCACUACGGCAAUAAAACCUUAGCACAAAAAGGGCUUAUGACUCUCGUUGAGGUGUUUUUUUUACAGUGCUGCAACUGAGGAGUUUGUUGCAAAAAGUGGCUUUGCAGUGUGUACACCUCUGCUGUUUCAUUGCCAAAAGCUGCCUUAUGGUGAAAAAACUUAGCAGUGUAGACCAGCCCUACGAUAGAGAUAAAGCUGGGAAAAUUGUUAGUGAAGUCUCCUCUACAGAUGUGAACAUGUAGCUGCCAGAGGAUGUUAAAGCUUACUAUUAUGGUAUCUCCUGUGUGCAUUUCUCUCUGGCACUGGUUGGAAUUUGUGGGCAAACAAACAGCAGGCAGUUUCCUUGCUUAGAAAUCCAACCUUACCUGUCCAGUGAGUUCUGUGCCCAAAAGAAGCUGUCUCUCUGCUUCCUCCCAGGGCCACAUUCAUGAAUGCUUCCCUUGUUUAUUGCCUGUCAUGCAUACAUACACACUCAGUGGCAAACAAUCCAUCUCCUAGCCCUUGUGUUUUCAGUCAGUCCCAGGGAACUCCCUAAAAUCACAGGCUUUGUGAAAAGGCUCUGUGAUUUCCUAUUGUUUCCAGUUAGCACUGCAUACUGGGAGUUAAAUCUCUCCUUCCAUUUGGCAUGAGUAGUUAGCACACCUAUCAACCUUAAUGAGAUCAGAGAUUAUCUCUAGAUUAAUGUCCCAUAUGAUGGUGGCCAUUAACAUCUUCUGGCAUAACAAUCCCAUUCCAGGAAGCAAAACCAUUCAUAUUUAACAGCACCAGAGAUAACAGGAAAUCUGAUUCCAACUGAUAAUUUGCUUUUAGUCUAUGGCCUUGGCUACACUUGCGAGUUACAGCGCUGUAAAGGCUCCCCCAGCACUGUAACUCACUCCCCGUCCACACUGGCAAGGCAUUUGCAGCGCUGUAUCUCCGUGGUUGCAG